AUGUCUUCAACUCAUCCAACCCAACGGGUCCCAAAGACGAACAACGGGUUUUCUCGAUCAUCAGGGUCCUUUGGCAAUGACACCAUGUGGCUUGAAGACUCAAGGCCAGAGGAAGUUGGCAAAAAUGGAGCGCGAAACGCUGUCUUUCCCUUCAAGCUGAUCAUCAAGGUGACAUUGAUAUUCCGACUCAUUGAUAGUCCUGCGAACAGCGUGCUCGAGACCCAUAUUGCUAUGAAAAUCUUGUCUCAACCGAAAGAACAGUUUCUGAUUUCAGUAACUUCUUGUUCUCUAUACAGAGGUUGA